GACACCCCUCCCUCAUCGUCUUAUCUCUAACCACUCCUCCUUCCCCGAAGAGAGAGAAAAAGAUAGAGAGAGAGAGAGAGAGAGUCCCUCUCAAUCUCUUGUCUCAUCCUUCUUCGUUAGAGUCAGACAGAGAAACUCCGUAGGAGAGAGAGAGAGAGAGAGAGAGAGAGAGAGAGAGAGAGAGAGAGAGAGAGAGAGAGAGAAUCCACCGGCAUGGAGCGAGGGGCGAGAGUCGGAGGAGAGGGACAAGGUGACGGUGGCAAAUGGACGGAGGAAAAAGAAAACCAUCAAGAAGGAGAAGAGAGUAUGGCGAUGACGAUGGAGCACGCGUUCAAGAAAGAGCAGGUGCCGCCGUGGGAGGAGCAGGUGACGGUGAGGUCGGUGGUGACGAGUCUCGUGCUCAGCGCCGUGUUCACCUUCAUCGUGUGCAAGCUCAACCUCACGACCGGUAUCAUCCCUUCCCUCAACGUGGCGGCCGGGUUGCUGGGGUUCGCUCUCAUCAAGGCCUGGACCUCCUUGCUCGAGAAGUUCGGUCUCUUGAAACAGCCGUUCACCCGCCAAGAAAACACCGUGAUACAGACCUGCGUUGUUGCUUCCUCCGGCAUCGCUUUUAGCAGUGGCACUGCAAGCUAUCUGCUAGGUAUGAGCGCGCGAGUUGCUUCGCAAGCAGAUGAAGGGAACACCCCAAUCAACGUGAAGAAUCUUUCUUUGGGAUGGAUGAUUGGCUUUCUCUUCGCCGUGAGCUUUGUUGGCCUGUUUUCCAUUGUUCCCCUGAGGAAGAUGAUGAUACUGAAGUACAAGUUGACAUACCCGAGUGGAACUGCAACUGCAUACCUCAUCAACAGCUUCCACACUCCUAAAGGAGCCAAAUUGGCAAAGAAACAAGUUGCGACGCUCUUCUAUGCUUUCUGCGGAAGCUUUGCUAGUGCACUUUUCCAGUGGAUCUUUGCUGCUGAUGACGGCUGUGGAUUUGGUAGCAUUCCAACAUUUGGUCUUCAGGCCUACAAGCAAAGGUUCUACUUUGAUUUCUCAGCCACAUACGUCGGUGUCGGGAUGAUCUGCCCUUACAUGGUGAAUAUAUCACUGCUAAUUGGAGCUAUUAUCUCAUGGGGAAUCAUGUGGCCGCAUAUCGCUACCAAGGCAGGCGACUGGUACAGUGCUGAUUUACCUCCAAGCAGCCUUCAUGGCAUGCAAGGAUACCGGGUUUUUGUCGCUAUUGCCACGAUCCUCGGUGAUGGUCUUUUUCAUUUCAUAUACAUGCUGAUAGUAACAGCGCGCAAUUUCAAAGCCCAGAAAUCAGGCGAGGAGGAAUCCGAGUCAAUUGUCGAUUACGACGAACAGAAGAGAACGGAAUAUUUCUUGAAAGAUCAGAUCCCAAACACAGUCGCGAUUGGAGGGUAUGUUGUGCUCGCUGCAAUAUCCAUUGGCGUUGUACCGGUCAUUUUCCCCCAGUUGAAGUGGUAUCACAUAUUCGUCGCUUACAUGAUUGCACCGGUUCUGGCCUUCUGCAACGCGUACGGGUGUGGUCUCACUGACUGGUCCCUGGCCUCCAAUUAUGGCAAAAUCGCUAUCAUUAUCUUCAGUUCCUGGGUUGGGCUCGGACAUGGAGGAAUCAUUGCUGGACUCGCUUCAUGCGGUGUUAUGAUGAGCAUCGUAUCUACAGCUUCUGAUCUGAUGCAAGAUUUCAAGACCGGGUAUCUGACACUUGCAUCUCCUCGUUCAAUGUUCGUUAGCCAAGUAUUGGGAACCGCGAUGGGUUGCGUAAUGUCACCACUGGUCUUUUGGUUCUUCUACAAGGCAUACGCCGUGGGUGACCCAGAUGGCUCAUACCCUGCACCCUACUCCCUAAUGUACCGAGGAAUCGCCCUUCUUGGAGUGGAGGGAAUUUCUACCCUUCCAAAACACUGCCUUGCACUUGCCAUCGGAUUCUUUGCCGGUGCCAUUGUGGUAAACAUCAUCACCGCGCUACUACAGAAGUUUGAGACCAAAUGGAAGAUCUACAGGUUUAUUCCGAGCCCGAUGUGCAUGGCGAUUCCUUUCUACCUCGGAGGUUACUUUGCCAUUGACAUGUGCGUGGGGAGUUUGAUCCUUUUCGUGUGGCAGAGGGUGAACAAGAAGAAGGCAAACGACUUUGCGCCUGCUGUGGCUUCUGGUAUGAUCUGCGGGGAGUCAUUGUGGGGAGUCCCGGCGGCAAUCAUGUCUCUGGCUGGCCUAAAAGCUCCGAUAUGCAUGAAGUUUUGGUAGUCGAUUCCGCGGCUUCUCUCUCUCUCCAAUGGAUUUCUCAGUUACAUCUUCAUAUCUUUUUUCAUUGCCAUUGUACAUACAGAUUUCUGGCUUCUACUUUGGUAAUCAAGGGAAGGUGUUCAUUUUUGUUGCUAGAAACAGAUGAUGUCUAAUUUUAGCAGCGUAAGAACUUAAUUUUCAGAUUUUGACAAAGAUAUUUAGCCCUAGAGGUUUUGGAAUACAAAAUGUUGCACAUUGUUUCUUUGUCUGCGGUUUUUAGUGGAUUUGCCUCCCUCACUUUACUUUA